AUGGCUGGUAGAAGGAACAACAAUAACGGAGAGUUGGGCGGUCAGAACAACCAGUUUCUAGAAGGACUUACUGCACUUCUACAUGAGCAGAACCGCAUUCAUGGGGAACAAAUUCAACAAAUAUUGCAGGCUAGGGAGCAAGGAAGCACCCCCAGACGUUCAACACCUAGUACGCAACCGGUCUACAAGCAGUUUCGGGAGCUUGGACCGACGGAGUUUAAAGGCACCACAGACCCAAUCGCUGCAGAGGGAUGGAUUCGGUCUCUGGAAACGAUAUUUGAUUUCAUGCAGCUCACAGAUGCGGAUAAGGUCAGGUGUGCGAUAUUCAUGCUCCGGGAUGAUGCUCGGGUAUGGUGGGAGGUGGCGCGGCUGACUGUAGAUUUGACUACUUUGACUUGGGCUGAUUUUAAGGAGAUAUUCUAUGGGAAGUAUUUCACAGUUGACAACCGGACACGACUGGCACGGGAAUUCUUGGAGCUUCGUCAGGGAGAUAUGACGGUGGCAGAGUAUGUCAGGAGGUUCGAGAAAGGACGCUAUUUCGUACUUAUGAUUACCAGCCGACCAGUCGAAGAAUUGAAGCACUUCACCGAAGGGUUGAGGCCGGCUAUUCGCCAUGACGUCAGGCUGAGUCGAGUCACCACAUUCAGAGAGGCAGUUGACCAAGCACUGAUGUCCGAAAGAGACAGAAAUGACAUGGUCAAGGAAGCUCAGAACAAGAGAUUGAGUUAUCAGGGACGGGAUCAGCAGGAGCCGGGAAAGAAGAGGUCAGUUCCGGGUCAGAAUCCAGAAGACACAAGCAGCUGA